AUAAACUUAGAUAAAUAGUAAAUAAUGGCAGAACCAAGACCGUACUAUAUUCCUUCCUGUAUUGAAUAUUAACUAGUUAGCAACUUCAUCCAAGUCUAAUACUAAACGAUAGAAUAAUACUCAAUAGCAAUCUAAUUAUGAAGCGCUACUCUCUCAUUUUGGUCAAACGAAGAGCAAUUCUAAUAAAAUUACGAAACCUUAGUCAUCAAUUAUUUAAUAUGACAAAACUUAUGUUCAACUAUUGCAAUAAUAAAUAGCAGAUUUAAAAGAGCAGGUUAAUUUUUUAGCUUUAGAAAAUCAGAGGUUGAAGUAGAGCCAAGAUAAAUCAUUAAAAGUAUUAAAAAUGUUAUGCUUUUAGAGGAUGAAAGAGCAAUAUCAACAGCUAACCAAAUUUAGCAAUAUUGUAUAAUUAGUUUAGCAAUUGAAAAUAGAAAAUCUAGCUCUUAAAUAAAAUGUUUAAUCUCUUAAGCUAGAUUUCAAUAUUCAAAUGCAUCCGUUAAGGCAAUUGUAUAAUCAUAUCAUUCAAAUACCAAAGUAAUAAAUCAAUGACAUUAUGUAAUUGAGGUUAGAAUAGCAAGAAAGUAUUCAUAUAUUAUAUUUAAGCUUUAAUAUCUCAAUAGAAAUGCAAGGUUGAGGUUCUCAAUUUAGAGCGCACUCAACUUUUGGAAUUAUGUUCGAAACAAGAAGGAGAACUUAUUUCAUAUUUGGAAAACAAAAUUCACACCUGA